AUUGAUCACUUUCUAUCGCUACGCACAUUUUCCACCCAUUUUGUAAAAUUUUCUAAUAUAAUGUAAUACGAUAUUUAUCUUUAUACUCUUUAGAUACGAUGGCCGAUCUUGGUUAUGGAUCCACUCCUGUCAAUGGCUCUGCGCCGCCAAACAGUCUACUCAAUAGAGUAACCGAUGAGGAAGCUGCACUUUUAGGUAGCAGAAUGGCUGCUGGAAAGAAGGGAUCAGGUCGAAUACACUUGAGGAAAGCUGCUGGUACUAUAUGGAACGAUCCAACACUGGAAGAUUGGCCAAAAAAUGACUUCAGAAUAUUUUGUGGACACCUGGGAAAUGAUGUGACUGAUGAAAUAUUAGCUAGUGCCUUCAGGAAGUACCCCUCAUUUCAAAGGGCACGCGUGAUUAGAGACCGCAAUUCUGGAAAGACCAAAGGUUAUGGUUUUGUAUCACUAACGAAUCCUGAUGACAUGUUGAAAGCUUUAAAUGAAAUGAACCAUAAAUUUGUAGGAAAUCGUCCCAUUAUUGUCAUGCGUAGUAAGUGGAAAGAUCGUGAAAUUGAUUCAGAAAAGAACCGUCAAUCAGCGAAUUUGUUUAAAGUAGUAAAGGAUGACGAAAAGACGAUUCGCAAAUUUAAAAAGCUAGGAAAGGCUGUUACCGGUGGUAAGAAGGCGAACCUUGUCUACGAGCCAAAAAUAUUUAAAAGGCACAAGGUUUAUCUCAGUACAGGAUCUACCAACAAGUUUGAUAACAGACAAAGAGUCGCUCAUGAUCACAUGCUGGACAACAUCUAAUUUGUUUACCCAGGCAACUAUCGCAUAAUCAUUUUAAUCAUCCGU